UUCUGUUUCUGCAAACAACUUCAUCACAUUCAUUCAAUCUCUCUUAGUCUCUUACCAAAUCACACACAUACAAAAUCAAAGAGAUGGCUUCUUCUUCAAGUUACGUUGUGCUACUUCUGGUUCUUCUAGCUGCGUCUGCUACAGCUAAUCUGUCUCCUGAUGGCUCUCCAAAUUUCGGUGAUAUAUGCAAAGAAGUGAGUUGCGGGAAAGGAACGUGCGAGGCAAAUUUAGGCUCUCAAUUCGGCUUCAAAUGCAAAUGUGAAGCUGGUUGGUCGCGUAACCGUCCUAACCAGGAAGACUUUGAUUUCCUUCCCUGCAUUAUUCCCAACUGUUCCCUGGACUACUCUUGCAUGCCGGCUGCUCCUCCAGCUCCAUCCGUUCCAGCCAACGAAUCUGUGUUUGAUCCUUGCUACUAUGCAUACUGUGGUGAAGGUGAAUGCAAAAAGAACUUGACAUAUGGCCAAACAUGUAACUGCAAGCCAGGAUAUUCGAACCUUCUAAACAUCACAUCCUUCCCCUGCUUCAACGAAUGUGCUCUUGGAUCCGACUGUGAAAGGCUAGGGAUUAACGUCUCAAGAUCAACCUCAGACGACAACAACAACAACAACGAUGAAAAUCAAGCCACUUCUUUUCUACCGGGGAAUUUCCACUGGAUAGGAAUAAUGCUGAUCACUGCUUUAUUAGCUGUGCGUAAUUAGGACCAUUCGGGUUUUUGAUUAAUGUGGUUCUCAUUCUUUUUCAUUCGAGUCCUGUAUUUUCACCAUGUUAUUCUGAGUUGAUAGUAACUAAAUAAGAGCAGCAGUCAUAGUUAGAGGCUGGUCUGUUUGAUAGCAUAUACACAGAUUGUAAUAGCAUUUUCCUUCAUAAAUUUUGUAUGUAACCACAUUUUGUUGUAACAUAUAUAUGGAUUCUGUUUUGUAAACCAA